AUGAAGUCUCUUGGAGCUGCGGUGAUCUUGCUGUGGAUGGGUCUGGGUGUGGUUACUGCAGAAAGCGUAUCAAUCGAACACGGACAUGAAAGUUUAACCCAGAAAAUCUGCCAGCCUGACAUCCACGCGGUGCUGAGAGAGAUGAGUGCCAAGAUAGCAGAGCAGCAAGCAGAGAUCAGAAACAACAAAGAACAACUGCAGGAUGUGGAGACCAGGCUGAGAGCCAGUGAGAAGACGGUGGAAGAACAGAAAUUAGUCAUCAAGGAUCUGACGGAGAAACAGAACGAGCAGGCAGCAGGCCUAGGAGAGGUGAGAGGCAGCCUGACCCUGACAGGGAGCCAGGUGGAGGAGCUGAGGAGGGACAGAGAGGCCAGCAGGGUGUCUUUCUCGGCAGCACUAGGGGAUGGACACUAUGGACCUUUUGAUGUCGCCACCCCCCUCGUUUUCAAGAAUGUAUUCACCAAUGUCGGAAGUGCCUACAACGUGAACACAGGUGUGUUCACAGCUCCAGUGCGAGGCGUCUACCACUUUGUCCUCUUUGUGUUUGGAGAUGCCAGUGCAACUACCUGGACAGGGGCCUCACUACAUCACAACGGCAAACAUGUUGUCAUUGCGUACGAAGCUCAGGUGAAUUCACAUCAUGUCACUCCUGCCAAUGGAGCCUCUCUGUUGCUGGAGGUGGGAGAUGUUGUCCAAGUGAAGCUGUGGCCCAAAGCAUGGGUGAGGGAUAAUGGACAUCACCACACCACCUUCUCUGGACACCUCCUCUUCACCAUGUGA